AUGCCUGGCCAAGAUGAAGAUAAAGAUCGCCGCUCAGAUGCUGCACAAUCAUCUUCAUCGAACUCGGCGAAAUUCCAAGGCAACCAAGCUAAUAUCUUCCACUUCCAGGCGAGUAAGGAUGUAAGGCAGUUCGCGAAGAAAUACAGGACGGAGAUAUCUGCAUCGAGUAGUAGUCUGCUUUCGACUUUCGUGGCCUUUCCGUUGGAUUUCGCAAAGAGUCGGAUGCAGAGUUACCAGGCUGGGUUCAUGCAUACAAUCAAGGAUGCCUAUCGUGCAGAAGGUUUACGAGCAUUCUGGCGGGGAGUGGGACCACCGUUGAUCAGCGUUACGACGGUGCGAACAAUCAGCUUCAGCAUAUAUCAGAAGGCGAAGUACUUUCUGGACAAAUCGAUCACGAAGGCCACUGGGCAUAGUCCGCUCGUCAUUGCAAACGCGCCAGGAUCUUAUCCGAACAUUUACACUAUGAGCUGUUUUGGGUUGGCUGGUGCGGCUUCUGGGGCAGUCAUAACUACACUAUCCUGCCCAUUCGAGCUGACGAAGCUGAGCGAACAAUUGGCUGGAAAGGUGGCAAGAGAGGCGAAGCCAGUCAAUGGCAAGGCGAUCGACGUCAAGACUGGCUCGUGGAAUACUGCUCGACGACUAGUACGAGACCGAGGCCUGUUCCGUGGACUCUAUGCCGGCUAUCGGCUGCAUCUCCUCCGCGACACAAUCGGCACAGCAAUCUACUUCACCACCUACGAAUCCGCUAAGCAGCUCAUGGCGAAUGCGCGAGGAAGAAGUCCGACGAGUCCGUAUGCUGUAGUCGUAGCGGGUGGCUUGUGCGGAAUUCUGACAACCUCGAUGAUUUACCCGGUCGAUGUUGCGAAGACUUUGUAUCAGAAGGCGUUACUCUCGGCCGGCUCGGCGCAUGUUGAUCGGCCGCCUAUAAGGGUGUUUCAGGCGGGUGCAUAUAGAGGUCUCGGCGUAUCGGUCUUGAGGUCGUGUGUCAUCAAUAUGAUCUUCUUCAGCAAUUUUGAGUUCAUCAAGAAGAAUAUCAAUGCAUUGGAUGUAUGA